UUGGUAACUGAGAAGAUGGCAGAGCGGCAACAGAAACACGAAGGCAGGGUAAAGAUCGGCCAUUACAUCCUCGGCGACACGCUGGGAGUGGGGACCUUCGGGAAAGUAAAGAUUGGGGAGCAUCAGCUAACAGGCCAUAAAGUGGCUGUGAAGAUCCUGAACAGACAGAAGAUCCGCAGCCUCGAUGUCGUGGGGAAGAUUAAGCGGGAGAUCCAGAAUCUCAAACUGUUCAGACACCCACACAUCAUCAAGCUGUACCAGGUGAUAAGUACACCCACAGACUUCUUCAUGGUGAUGGAGUACGUGUCUGGAGGCGAGCUGUUUGACUACAUCUGCAAACAUGGACGGGUGGAGGACACAGAGGCUCGUCGUCUUUUCCAGCAGAUUAUCUCAGCAGUGGACUACUGUCACAGACACAUGGUGGUCCACAGAGACCUCAAACCUGAGAAUGUGCUGUUGGAUGCCAGCAAGAACGCCAAGAUAGCUGACUUUGGACUGUCAAACAUGAUGUCAGAUGGAGAGUUCCUGAGGACAAGCUGUGGCUCACCCAAUUACGCUGCUCCAGAGGUCAUCUCAGGAAGGCUGUAUGCAGGCCCAGAGGUGGACAUCUGGAGCUGCGGGGUGAUCUUAUAUGCCCUACUGUGUGGCACUCUGCCCUUUGAUGAUGAGCAUGUCCCCACAUUGUUUAAGAAGAUCAGAGGAGGAGUUUUCUACAUCCCAGAGUACCUGACCCGCUCUGUGGCCUCGCUGCUGAUGCUUAUGCUGCAAGUGGACCCUUUGAAGAGAGCCACCAUCAAAGACAUCCGGGAGCAUGAGUGGUUUAAGCAGGACCUGCCAGGCUACCUGUUCCCUGAGGAUCCAUCUUACGAUGCCACAGUCCUGGAUGAGGAGGCCGUCAAAGAGGUGUGUGAGAAGUUUGAAAGCACCGAGUCGGAGGUCAUAACCAGCCUUUACAGUGGAGACCCACAGGACCAGCUAGCAGUGGCCUACCACCUCAUCAUAGACAAUCGACGCAUCAUGACCCAGGCCAGUGAGUUUUACUUAGCCUCCAGUCCACCCCAGGGCUCCUUUAUGGAGGAGGGCAUGCCCCUGCCCCCUGGGGUCAAACCCCACCCAGAGAGGAUGCCUCCACUCUUGGCUGACAGCCCCAAGUCACGUUGUCCUCUGGAUGCUUUGAACACCACACGGCCCAAACCAUUGGCAGUGAAGAAGGCCAAGUGGCACCUGGGCAUCAGGAGCCAAAGCAGGCCCUAUGAUAUCAUGGCUGAGGUGUACAGGGCUAUGAGACAACUCAACUUUGAUUGGAAGGUAGUGAACCCAUACCACCUUCGUGUGCGGAGGAAGAACCCAGUGACCGGCAACUUGGUGAAGAUGAGUCUGCAGCUCUACCAGGUGGACAACAGAUCUUAUCUUCUCGACUUCAAGAGUAUCGACGAUGACAUCAUUGAGGCAGUUGGCUUUAAAUCGGGCUCAUCCACUCCUCAGAGGUCCGGCUCCACAGCCGGUCUGUACAGACCCAGACUGAGUAUCGACUCAGCAAGCCCCGCCAUGGAUCUGCCCCAGCUCAGUUCCUCUCUCCCAGGGUCCCUGUCCGGUAGCACGCCCUUGCUCAACCCACGCCAGGGAUCCCACACCAUGGACUUCUUUGAAAUGUGUGCCAGUCUGAUCACCACGCUGGCACGCUGAGAGGUUUACCCCUUGACCCCUAACCUUGCCCUUUGAUCGGACGCCAGUGGGGAAUUCAUGCCAAGUACAGAUUUGGGAAGUGUGGAGCUUUUUAAAAGUCUCGGGUGACCUCCUCUCUCUGUUUUUUCCUAUCCUUCAUCUCUGUUCCAGCUGGAAUGGGCUGGAAAGUUGUAUGGAUGUGUGAACAGCAAUGCCGGUCAGGUGUUCACCUCAGUGGGAAGAGAGACAGAGAGGAGGCCAUUGAGACUAACAGAAUAAUAGCUUGUUUUAGUUUGUUUGGACACAGUUCUGGGGUCAGAGACCAGGUGUUUAAACAUCUGGCCACAGCCUGUGGAAACUGAUCCUGGGACUGCAAACUGUGAACUAAAGCUGUGAGGCCAGCAGGGCAAGAGGUUAGAGGUCAGAGUUCACACUUGCUGGGACUAAGGUCAAGUUCACUGUCAGUCCUCCCACAAAUACCCUCAAUCCUCUAUCAGCUGCUGAAAUGUCAUCAACCAUUGUAACACAUUACAGCGGGACAUCCUGCUGAGUUUUCCUCAGACACAGACUAGAAGUCAGUUUUCUUGAUUAGGACACCUGGUGGGAAAACUGACACUAGCUCUGUGUCUGAUGGAAGCACAUGCAAAAUUUUAUUUCAGGUUUUAUAUGGUUUUAUAAAGAAACAGCUUUUGUUAUCCAUGUAUGAUAUAUUUAUAUUACAAUCACAUUACUUAGUUCAAAAGGUUGACAAAGGCAAACCAAAUAACAGAGUUUAUACGUGCAUAGAGGAUUAUUAUUAUUUAGAUAUCAGAUCCAUAUUUAUUUUUAAGAGCUUCUUUUUUAGGCACUGUAGGUACAUUAUUUAAACUCUGCAAUCGACACAAGGAGUUUUAUCCUGAUUUUUUGACGAGAUGGUAGAUGAUUAGUGAAGCUAGAGGGAUAGCAGAAUGACAGUAGUCUGUGUGGUACUGACUGUGUGCUGCAUUUAGCUUCGAUGCCCAGAUACACACCAUCUCUUGUGUGAUUUCACAAGUACUACAUUAUCCAGCUCAUUUUUAGCAGAAUAAUGGACUGUCCAGAUGUACUGCUUCGAUAUUGUGCAUACAUAGCAUUCUUUUGCCCUUCGAUUUUGCAGAUUCAGAAAAUGCAAAAAAUUGCACACAGCCAUCAUUUUCUAUAUUCAAGGACUAUCACAAAUAUGCAACAGAGAACAAACACUCACACAUGCACACUGACUCUUUUACACCUCAGUUGAGUCCUGAACAAAUGUUAAGCAAGCUCUUUUAGCUGUUAUUAUUCUGGUCAGCCAUGCAUACUCAGAAUGCAAUUAAAAAGCACAAGCAGUCCUGCAACAUCAAGAGGACAGGCAUGGCGUUCAGUCACAUCUACAGUAAGCUGAACAAAAGGCAAGCCCAGUGCUGCUUCUCACAGAAAGGGCGAUAAUCUUAGCUGGCACUGCAACCAUAACGUGUGAAUAGAGAAUUGGGACGAUGAUAAGAGGAAGUGACAAAUUAGUGAAAUUCAUGUGAGAUGGUGUGUAUCUGACGAUAGGCCAGAAUAAGCCACAGAAACCUUUCUCCGGUUGCCUUAAAAAUGCAAACACAUUCAUUUUUGUGCAUAUGUACUAGUGUGCAUGAGCCAGUGUGCAUAUUGGAGACCAGAGGGGUAGAGUACAGUGCAUCAUAUGCAUCUUGUCUUGUUUGUUAUUGUUGAUCACAAACGAGACAAACACUGGUUCGUUAGUUGGAGGAUCUGUGCUGUAGUUUUAAUGCCACUGAGCUCUCCAUUUUGUCUGUGACAUUAGCAGAGCUGAUCGAAAGUGCAAAUCAGAGAGGAGUGAUGAGCGUGAAAACAUUGUGCUUGUAGCUGUUGGGUGAUGAGUGAUGGUCAUGGUUAUCUUUGUGUGUUUCUCUUCAGCCGUUGUUGUCCGUUCAGUCUGCACUUUACAACUCAUUUGCUGUAGCCAGCGGAUUUCAGAUGCUCUGGUUUACAGUAUCACUGUCUUUGUGUGGGAGCACACACAGCAAGAUUGUAACCAGAUCCAACAUGAAUGAGGAUGUUCACAAAACCUUAGUUGAUGAAAUGAAUGGGGUUGUCUUGUAGGGUGAAUUCAUUGUCCUGUCGUUUUGUACCAUAGUGAGAUACUUCCUGUAUUGUUGCUGUAAAACUAUGAAGAUUCUGUUUUUUUUUUCUUUUUCUUUUUUACGACUGAAUGUAAAGUGAAAGCUGGUGCUGCUCAGAUGAAUCUCUGUAUCUCUCUCAUUCUCUUAUUUCUGAUCUUUCUCUCUGGAGUUGUUUUGUUCAUUUGCAGUGGUGGUGUGAUAUUGAUGGAGAGCACCAGACCGUUGCCUUUCUACUGGUCUCAAUAAAACACAGAGAAUGGGGGAGUAGACAUAGUUUGUACUGCACUGUAACAGUCUAGACUACUGUUAAACCAGAUGCCAUGUUGCUGCCUGACUUCUUUGUUGGACCUACAAUAAUAAGUGUGAACUGGGAUUUUAGUUCCUCAUUCUGCCCAGUUAUAAGAGCUGUCUUUAAGCAUUACUGUCUGGGUUGUGCUUGAAAUGGAUUUGAUCAUUUUUGCCUUACGAGAGCAUUAUGAAGGCUUUUGGUUGAAAUGGUAAAAGCCAAAUUCUGUGUAACUCUGCCGAAACCCUUUAUUACAUGUAUUAUGUUUUCAUGUCUUUGUAGGGGUGUUAGUCUUUAAACCACAUGCAUGGCUUUGUCUGUCCUCUCUGUGACUGUACAUACACCUCUGUAUUAUCUACGUUGAUGCCAGGGAAGCUCUACCCCUGCUGCUGAAUGCCUGCAACUGCAUACAGUGACACUAUUGUAAAAAACAGCCUUCUUUGACCAUAUUACUCUCAAUUGCUGUGUCUGAAGUGACUUGUUAUAUGUGUAGUGCACUAUAUUGGUCACACAAGAUCCAAGUCUGGCCAGUGAUAAAUUCAUUACGGACCUUGCUGCUUGUGAAAACAGUAUAAAACUUGAUAUUGACCAAUGAAGUGUACUAUCUUAGAGAUAAUCAGUCAUGGGUUGGGUCUAAUAUAACCAGUAUUUACUGUCAGAUGUAGUACUGUACUGUACUGUAUUACAGCUGUAUGCAACUACCAGUGGCAUGUUAGUCACUUAUACUCUACUCUGUGUCUGGAGGUGGGAAACACACCAGAGGGGCUAAUCAACUACAGAUUUUCCAUGUUGUACCAAAGUGAGUAUUUUCAACAGCAAAGCUGUGCUCUUUAUUUAUUUGUUGUGGGGGUCUUAUGAUUAGUGUAACUCAGAAUACCCCUAAUGUGUGUCUUUGUGUCUGUGUGUGUAUGCGUGUGCGUGCACCUGCACAUGUGAAUCAGAGUAAAUGUGGUUAAGGGUGUGUGUCUGAGCAUGAGUGUGUCAAUGUGACAGCGUUUCAGCCAUCUCUCUCUGUCUCUUGUGUCUGAUUGGGUUUUGGAUUUCUCUUGUUAUGCACUGCAUGGUGUUGCUGUUCUGAUUUGCACUUUAAUGAGUAUUUAUUGUAAAACUGAAUAA